AUGACGAAGCUGCUGCAGUUUCUCCUCGAGCUGCCAGAUCUGAAGCUAGCCGCCGUAAUAACUCAACCCUCAAAGCCACCGGAUCCUCCGCGGUUGCUAGUCUCCGGCGAUAUCAUCUUAUCUCGCAUCUUGCCACUGUCCUCUUACAUGGAGAGACUGCAUCUCACAUCUUACUCUUUUAUGGAGGUAUCGUUACAACAAGUUUAUCUUAGUGUUGAUCUUUGUUGUCCCUAUUCUUUACUCAUGAUGACUAGCUCCAACAAUGGUCUCUUUCGAAUUGGUGUUAUGGGCACGAUUCCUCUGUUGGGCAAGCUAGCUUAUUGGAAUCGUAAGCCAUUGUUUCAAUUCUCUUUUGUUGACUAUCUAAACUCAAUCAUUGGAUUCAAUCCUCCUUUCUCUUGGAGUGUUGUGGGAACGAUUCAACCUUGUUAUUCUAUUCGGUGUGUUAUGAUAUUACCUCGUCUUGAGGGCUCUACUAGCAUUGUCCUAGUUUCUUGGUUUGAGACAUCUUGCAUUGUCUUAGCCUCUAGCAGCAGGUUUGAGUCGAAGAUUGCAAAUGCUUCGGCUCUCAUCCUCUUCAAAGACUCUGUAAGCCAGUGUACAUCUGCGCUUGUAGCCUAA